AUGGCCCCUUCACCGGGGGAGACGCGAUUUCAGGCCUUUCUGGGACUGCUCCUCAGUGGCUGGGCUCUCGUGCAGGAUGGUGGUCUGUGGGAUGACGUUGGGAGCUUCACAGUGGCAGACUUGCCAUUGCCAUUGAACCGGCAUCAGCGCCGGCAAUUGACCCGGUACCUGAAUGCGCAGACUUCCAGCCAGCCUGACGAGCCAGUGGGAUGCGUAUUUCAGUGCGAUGGCGCCGGAAGCGUGGGCACCUCUUCGACAAACAGCGGGCCAGCUGGAGCUAUGCAUCUAAACCUUUGCGGCUAUGGUCUGGGUGGCCUCUGCGAGGGCGGCGCAUUGGAGAGGCCGACAACCCGGGGCCUGAGCCUGGCACACCGCUUGGGUCGGAAAGGCCUGCUCGUGAGAGGUCGCCACCCCGGGCCUGCAGCCGCUUCUGCCUCUGCAGGGGUGGGACCCGCUGGGCGUCUGGGUCGGGUGUAUUGCCCCGUGCCUGGGUGCCGCUGUGCCGAUCCCGCGCGUGCCAAAGGUUGGGCCAACGACAGCAGCAUGCGGAGCCAUGUUGAUUCUCAUUUAUCUGGAGCCUUGGAGGGCGACGUGCCAGCUGCUUGGUUGGAGGCCCGCGGCCGCAUCCGGUGCGUAGUGUGCGGCCUCAGUGUUUCAGACCGGCGUGGCAUCCACCCAACUUGCCGACCCCAGGCACGGGCAGCAGCAGUUGCUGACAACGCCAUGGACGCGGACCUGGAUGCGCCGUCAAUGGAGGCAAUUCAAGCGGCUCGGACAGCUACACUGCGACACGUCCCGGCUGCUGCCAGGCACGCUUGGAACCAGGUCUUGACCAGAGCCCUUGCUGCCGUGGCUCACCGCAAUGAUGCUGAGGCUUGGCGGGAGCUGCUGAUGCUUCCUAAAUGUGUCCUAUGUGCUCCAGGGCGAAGAGGCCGGAAACACAACAAGGUAGUGGCUGCGUUUGUUUUGGACAGGCUGCAGCGAUGGCAACAAGGCGAACGGCAGUCACUGUGGGAGUCGCGCCCUCCUUGCCGGGCCGGGCGCUCCGGCCCGCUCACGCCAGCUGAGCGGCGGGACAUUGCAACCAGCUGGGCGCGCGAAGGUUUCGACCGCAAGGCCUGCGCAGCUUUGCUGUCCAAGGGCUUGUGCCCGCAGUCUGAAGAGACGGCACGUGCUUUGGCGGCUUUGCACCCUAGCUGCCCGGCUCCCACCGUACAGGCGAUUUUUGAGCUCCCGCUGCCGCCGGGUGUUGCUCCUGACACUGUGGCUAGGUGCCUGCGGGCCUUUCCACUGGAGGCUGCUCCUGGGCCUACUGGUCUUCGUGCGCAACACUUGCGAGACGCCUGUGUUGUAGGCAACAGCGACAGCUUCCUGGCCCAACUGGCUGAGGUUGUCAGCUUACUUGCGCAGGGAAGGGCUCCUAGCUUUGUUGCACCUGUCUUGGCUGGAGCUGGCCUCGUUACUUUGCCAAAGCCGCAGGGUGGAGUGCGUCCCAUUGCCGUGGGCGAAAUCCUCCGUCGGCUUACUGGAAAAUGCUUGAUGACGCAGGUCAGGGAGGAUGCCCAGGCCUUUUUCUGGCCUGCUCAGGUUGGUGUGGCAGUCAAAGGUGGAGCUGAGCGUGCUGUGCAUGCCGUGCGGGCCUGGACGCAGCAGCAUGCCGGCGCAUCCCAAAAGGCGCUCCUGAAGCUGGACUUUCGCAAUGCUUUCAACUGUGUUAGCAGGGAUGCGGUGCUGCAGGAGUGUGCUGCCAACUUCCCUGCUCUGGCGCGAUGGGCAACUUGGUGUUACCGCCAGCCGACCCGGCUGCAGUUUGGUGACCGUGUGCUGCACUCUUCUACAGGAAUUCCACAAGGAGAUCCCCUACGACCUCUGCUUUUCUCCGUGGCGCUGCAGCCACUGGCUAGAGCCCUUCGCAAUGGGUCCCUGGACUUGGCAGUUCACUUCCUGGACGACGGUGUCCUGGCGGGUGACAUGGCUGCCGUGGGCACUGCCCUUCAAUUGCAUUUCCCUGCUGAUCUGUUAGUGGACGAUGCCGGGGCCAACCGCGUGCUGAACAACUUCGAGUUCCUAGGGGCCGGUGAGUUGUUGGACGCCUUGGCGGAGCUGGAGGAUCCGCAAGUUGGCCUGCGGCUCGCGGCCCGCGGCGUGGCCCAGGCCGGCCUUGGCCUCCGCAGCAGCCAGGCGCAUGCGCCUGCGGCCUAUUUGGCAUCGUUGGGUAGUAAUUUGGAUGGAUGCGCUGAAAUAUUGUCAGCCUUCUCAGCCGCAGUGGUCCGCGCCUCGCCAGAGGUUACGUCUGCGUUGCAGGCCUUCAACAGCCGGCUACCUGACAGUGAGGCUUUAACUUUGGAUGCCGCCUUUGCGGCCAAUCAGCAUGACCUCUCCAGUCGGUUGGACAAAGCUGGCUGGGAGGCGCAGCUGGCGCAAGCUAGUCCUGCCGAAAAGGCCGCAUUACGGUCGGAGGCUGGCAUUGGAGCACGGGCUUUCCUGGCAGCCCCGCCUUCAGGCCGGACUCGCAUGGAGCCAGCCUCGUUUGCAGCUGAACUGCGGCUGCGCCUGGGCGUGCCGGAUGCUGCUGAAGAUUGCUGGUGCCCUCGGUGUGAUGCAGUUCUGGACCGUUUCGGCCACCACGCCGCUGUUUGUGUGGCGGGGGGUGAGCGAACCCAAUGA